GGUCAGGUGAUGCCUGGUUGACGGUAUAGAAAUUUCCAAGCCUCGCCAAGCUUUGAGAGUCCUCUGGUCUUUCCUUAUCAAAUGCUUUCAAAAUGUUGUUUCUGUGUUGACCUGAGAACGGCAACAUUGUUGCUUGCCGUGCUCGGGGCAAUGAGUCAUUUAUGGUCCGCCUUUGCCAUGACUGGCAUGGUCGAUUCGCUUGAGAAUGACGAAUUCUCUAGCAUGUACACCGGUCUCACUCUUUAUUCAUAUGCUACUGGCCUCUUGUGUCUUGUCGGCGCUGUUGGUGUUGCCAAGAACAACAUCAAGAAAGUCAGAGUCUUCUCUAUCUAUUACUGGGUCGAACUUGUUCUCAACUUCAUCCUCUCCACCUCCUUUGCCUUCGUUGCCUUCAGCAUCAGUCAAGAUGUUUGCGAUGAAGUUGCCCACACCGACUUGGGUAACGGUGAGAACAUGGAUAUGGACGAAUGCCUUAAUGUUUAUCUUGACACUGCGUCUAUUGCCACCGUGGCUCUUGCCUUGAACUUGUUGCUCAAGCUUCACUAUGCCCUUGCUAUCCAUUCCUACUACAAUAAGCUCAAGUAUGAACUUGCACACCCUGAACUCGCUUUAAGCGACGUUGAUGUUGUUUCUUGCCCAUACACUCCCGUCGCAACCAUGGAGAAGGACGCCAAUGCUGUCGCUCCACCAGCCUACGUCGCUGGUCAAAAGUUUGUUAUGGACGAAAAGAACUAAGCAUGUAGUAGUAUUUUGUAGACAUAGCAAGUUACGGACCAUGUAAACCACCUGUAGUCCCAAUUUUUUUUACGUAUAAAACAAAAAGUAUAUAAAGUACACGAGGAUUAUACUUUCUUUUUUAUCAAAUGGUCG